AUGCCAUCAACUCCAACAAUCGAAAAUAUCACAGCAGCACCAUCAACAUUUCUACCACCUUUGGCGUUCAUGCUGCAGUUGAUCGAAACGAAAGCCCUUACCGCUGGUCCGAAUGACAAAAAACCCAAAUUAUUCUCAUUAACUCCCACUGUGUCAUUCAAAUGGAAGCAUGUCAGCAUCAAUGAAAAGGCCCUAUGCUGUUUGUCUAGACAGUCC